AUGUCCGGUUUGGGUAACUUUCUUAACCGGGAAGUGCCCGGAAGAAAACGUCCUCCUCGUCUGCCCCUGGCCAUAUGUUCGCUCAGCAGACGGUGGUCGGCGGUGGCUGUCUUCUGCGGGCCGAAUUCUCGCGAUCUUAUCUGGUGGCUGCUGUGGCCGGUUUACGCUCAUCCUGACAAUGUCUUGGGAGGCCUUUGUACCAUGAUUAGAGAACAUCACCACCACCACCAACGCCAGCAACACCACCACAUAUUAUCUCCCACUGCGCAUAUGCUUUGCAUGCGCAAACGUCGAUGGAUUAGCAAUGCUGAUACUCACCCGGCAGCAGUGCUGUGUGGACGUGAAUGCGCAAACACGGGCCUGUGUGUGCGUGUGUGUGUGUGUGUGGAAGGAUCCCUGCUGGUAAAGCCGGGGGCGCCUAAUGACUGCGACUCCGUAUAUGGGCUCUCGGGCGCAUUCUGCGCCCAGCUGUGUGUGUCAGCCGAGUGCACCCUCCCCACCCCACCCCACCCCACCGCCACCACCCCCGAACGCACAUCUCCCUUUCUGUACAAUCCCAGUAGACGUGACUGUGUGAGUGACUGUGACCCAGAAAACGACGUAACAAUGUGCAUCUGUCCGGUUUGCGGUUUCUCAGCCACCAGCCCGCCCAAACUCGACGAGCACAUGGACACUGCUCACGGCGACGGCGUCGAGGCUGGUGGAUGCAGCGCGGUGACCUCUUCCACACCAAAACGGAGUGCCCCCGAUGGCUUCAACGGCUACAACUACUGCACAGACUCGUCCGACUCACCGCCUCGGGGUGAUUGCAUGGAGGAGGCCCCGAAGACCCAGAGUUCGAGUCUCCUGCAGCCCGCUGACACAGCCUCGUCGUCGUCGUCGCCACCACAGUCAACGUCCAUGCCUCUCAUUCAAAAUGUCUCGCUUCAGACCGACUCGAGGCGUAGAUACAGAUGCAGCAUGUGUGCCUCCACCUUCCCCUGGCACGGCGAUCUGACGGACCACCUGAAGGCCGCCCACGGCGUGCAGAAGAACUCGCGCGAAAGCGCCCGCGGUGGCAGCACCGCCAGUGGUAGCGGCGCCAGCGGACGGUCGGCCGGCGCGUUCUGUUGCAAGAGCUGCAAGUACGUGGCCAAGUACCAGAGCGAGCUGCGCAGGCACAUGCGUCUGCACUGGGGCCUGAAGCCCUUCGAGUGCGUCUUCUGCUCCUACCGCUCCGCCUGGAAGGGCGACCUCAAACGACACAUGGAGUCACACCACAAGGAGCGCUUCGCGUCCGAAGCCGAGCUCGUCCGCAUCAUGGCCCAGUUCAAGAACAACGCCGGCACCUCCGCCAUAGUCGACAUUGGCGGUGGCGGCGGUGGUGGUGGUGAUCAGUCACCCAACUCCCACGUCGACUCACCCACUCGCUCGCUGAAGCGUUCUCCUGCUUCAAGAAAUGGCAGGGAGAGGGGUGCUCGUCAGAGUAUGCCCCUGCCCACAGGGCACGCGGAAAGGGACGACGAUCUGCUGCACCAUCAGCUAUUUCCAGCGACAGCUGCCCCAGUAACUACUCAGCAACAGGCCCAGUUCUCUGUUCAGCCCCAAAUCACAUUUGACCAAUUGACGGCCUGUCAGCAGACCCAACCUCCGAAUCACGCGACUCCCUUCAUGGGACCCUCUCCAUCCCCGCCUCACCCCCUACCACCCCUCGGACUGUUUCCUUCACCUGGUCAAUACUCAAAUUUGAUCGGUCCCGCUGCGCCCAUGUUUGCAGCUAACUCUCUCCUGUGCAAUCCAGAAGUGGUGAAGGCUAUCCUCAGCCAGACUCCAGAACACCUAAACAAUUUGAUACUUUCUCAACAACAACAGCACCUGCAGCCAACCACGACCGAGGAACCGUUGAAUUUGGUGUGCAAGCAGGAGGCGCAGUCGUUGACGGGCCGCGGUGCGAUGACGACACCGAACUCCGACGUGAGGCCGCCUCCCGCGAAAAGACGGUCAAUUGCGCCAUCAAGUGUCGGCGCCUCUUACGUCUCUGGAGGCGGCGGGGGCGGCGGCCUACGCGAAGAACAGUGGAAGAGGUACCAGUGCUCGGGUUGUGGGCACCGAUCCAACUGGAAGUGGGACAUCAACAAGCACAUCAAAGUGGCCCACCCUGAACGCAAAGAGAUCACCACAAUCACCUUGGACAUCGAAGAGGCCAGAUUGACUCUUCCGGCGUACCUGGAAAAGGUUAGGGCCCUCGGAAGGAAUGGACGACCGUCGGCGACUGGUGCCGCCGAGGAGUGGGGUACCACGUCAACAGGCAACAGCAUUGUCUCGGGGCAUCAGCCCACUGAAGGCUACUAUCGGCCCUUCAAAUGUACCGUUUGUGGACACAGGAGCAAUUGGAAGUGGGACGUGAAGAAGCACAUUAAGCAGAUGCACGCGGGUGCGGCUGACGUGAUUACGCUGAGCAACGAGGAGGCGCGUCGCACUAUCAACCAGUACAAAUCGCACAGGCGUCAAGGUCAAGGCCUGCGAUCGCAUUGGUCGGCGUCGUCGUCGUCGGCGUCGAUGAUGACAGCGGCACCAGCCACUGUCAAGACGUCGCCACCAACCAAACGCCACCUCGACGACUCUGACAGCGCCGAUGUGGACGAGAGUCAGCCAAACCGUGAACCGCUGGACGAGCAGGUCGCGCCAGCCUCGGCUUUCCGCUGCACCGUGUGCAAGCGACGCUUCCAGACGUGGACCAACCUUCAGCAGCACACUGUCUUCAGCCAUCCGUCUGGCGGCAACUCAGCUGUGUCGAGUGGCGCCAGCGCUGUUAGUCCUGGUGGUGGGAGUAGUGGAAGCAACGUCUGCAAGAGGUCCUACAAAAAGGCUCUGUUGCAGAAGGCUCUUGCAUCGCCGACUGCCAGCCGACUAUCCCCUUGGAAGAACUGCCAGCCAACAAUGGUGACGAAGACGCCAGCUAUGCAACGGCUUCAAUUCACGGAGAACUCGCCACCGAUUCAGCCGUCAGUAGAAGACUGCCACAAGUUUCAGGCACGUCGGUCGCUGCUGGCUGAGAUGUCCCCCACGCUGCCAUUAAUGAGUCCACUGCGUCCCAGCACCCACGAGAACCUCCUUUCCGGUGGCGUCGAGGGCGAACAGAAGGCGAUCCAGGACCCCGGCAAAGUCUUUCAGCUGAUCGAGCUUCUUCAACAGGUUCUGAAUUUCCUGAUCUCCACACUAGAUGACGAUAAACAACGGGCUGCUGACACCAUGAAGCUCUCCUCGGACACCUCUGAGGAAACACCGUCACUUACUGGCACGAGCUCGGAUGAGAACGAAAACGAGCCGUCGACGUCUCUAGACAAGUCGGAACGCCUGGCCAAUCUACUCCAGCAGCCUCAGGUGCAACCUCUAGUUAAUCAGUUGUCAUCCCUAUUCCACCUGGCUAUCCGACACGAUCCCAUAACCAGCACCGAGACACCUCAUCCAGCUCAGUGA